GAUGCCGGUUUUGGGACGCAGUUCCUACAUACGGAUCCGGAGUAGUGUAUGUCGAUGGGGGAUGAAUGCUGAGACUCGCACCACCACCAUCAGCCAACCCUCCCCCUCCCUCCGCUCUCGCUCGCUCUCUUUUUCCCUCUUGGUCUCUUUCUCUCCCUCUAUUUCACGCCAGCGAGUACGAAAAGCUAGUUUGUGUCAGACCACGGAGCGCUGAAGAUGCUGCUCCCGGUUCGCGUUCCGGCUGGUGUCUCGACCUCGUCGUACUCGCGCUCUCGCUUGACCUCCGACAUCUUAACGGCGGAUAACAAUAAUUUAUCCUCGGAUUUAUCGUCCCCCGCGUCGUCUCAUCUGUGCUCACAUAUCUCCAGUGUUGUUUAUCGUUCGCUCCUUCGCAUCCUCGAUCUCGUGAUUCUCCCUGCCACGACACCAAUCUCUUCGUCGAAACGUGCGCGAGUCAAUAAACAAGCUCGUGAAUCACUGCGAUCCAAGCUCGAAACCUCGUGCAACAACACCAUGAGCUGUUGCAAAGCAACGUUCUCUCGGCGUUCAUCCCCAUCCUCGAGCAUCAUCGCCCUAUUGACUCUUGGUAUUCUUCUACUCAACUCCGCUAACUACGCCCUCGGAGCAUCCGAAAAAAUAUGGAUAGGUGCUAUUUUCGAGCAAGGCACCGAGGAAGUACAGUCAGCAUUCAAAUACGCCCUAGCAAAUCACAACCAGAACAACACAAGGCGAUUCGAUCUGAUGGCUUACGCUGACGUGAUCAAUACCGCUGACGCUUUCAAGCUGUCCCGACUGAUUUGCACUCAAUUCAGCAGAGGCGUAUUCUCGAUGCUCGGUGCUGUGAGUCCGGACUCGUUCGACACUCUGCACUCGUACAGCAACACUUUUCAGAUGCCAUUCGUCACCCCGUGGUUUCCUGAGAAGGUACUGACGCCUUCCUCCGGUCUCCUCGAUUUCGCCAUCAGCAUGCGUCCGGAUUAUCACCGUGCAAUAAUCGACACCGUUCGUCAUUACGGCUGGAGGAAAAUCAUUUAUCUGUACGACUCCCACGACGGCUUGCUCAGGCUACAGCAAAUUUAUCAAGGACUUCGACCCGGGAACGAGUCCUUUCAAGUGGAAACAGUCAAGAGAAUCCAGAACAUGUCAGAUGCACUGGAUUUCCUGAGGAGCCUCGAGGAACUUAGUCGCUGGAGCAACAAGUACGUCGUCCUGGACUGUCCUACGGAAAUGGCAAAGGACAUCGUCGUAAGUCACGUGAGGGACGUUGCAUUAGGGAAAAGGACGUAUCACUAUCUCCUAAGUGGAUUGAUAAUGGACGAUCGUUGGGAGAGCGAAGUGAUCGAGUACGGUGCCAUCAACAUCACCGGGUUUCGUAUCGUUGACGCCACUCGACGUCACGUCAACGAGUUUCUCAAGGGUUGGCGCCAACUCGAUACACAGAACUGGCCAGGAGCCGGACGUGACUCCAUUUCCGCACAGGCUGCUCUCAUGUACGAUGCAGUUCUCGUACUCAUCGAGGCGUUCAACAAGUUCAUCAAGAAAAAAAUCGGCGGCAACAAUCCUAAAAGAAGUCUCGACUGCAACACCGGCAAUCAGAGCAACGGAUGGGUCACUCCGUGGGAACACGGCGAUAAAAUAUCGAAAUUCCUCAGAAAGAGCGAGAUCGAGGGAUUGACCGGCCAAAUUCGAUUCAACAACGACAGUGGAAGGCACAAUUAUACUCUUCACGUUGUCGAGAUGACAGUCAACAGUGCAAUGGUCAAGGUUGCCGAGUGGACCGAUGAUGCUGGAUUCCAACCAAUCGCUGCGAAAUACGUUCGUUUACCACCCCAGGAUAUUGAGAAGAAUAAAACUUAUAUCGUCACCACAAUCGUGGAGGAGCCUUAUAUAAUGCUGAGAAAACCCGAACCCGGUAAAAUGGUUCUCACCGGAAACGAUCGUUUCGAAGGAUACUGCAAGGAUCUGGCUGAUCUCAUAGCCAAAAAGCUCGGCAUAACAUACGAGCUCAGGAUCGUUCAGGAUGGCAAAUACGGGAGGGAAAACACGGAGAUGCCUGGCGGUUGGGACGGCAUGGUUGGCGAGCUCAUCAGAAAGGAAGCUGACAUUGCAAUCGCCUCGAUGACGAUUACUUCGGAACGCGAGCGCGUUAUCGAUUUCAGCAAACCUUUCAUGUCCCUCGGCAUAAGCAUCAUGAUUAAAAAACCAGUGAAACAGAAACCCGGAGUUUUCAGUUUUCUGAAUCCUCUCAGCAAGGAGAUUUGGGUCUGCGUUAUAUUUUCGUACAUCGGCGUUUCGAUCGUGCUCUUCAUCGUUUCGAGAUUUUCUCCUUACGAGUGGAGAGUAUUGCAAUCAACCGGUAAUGGAGAUUCGUCGAUGGUUGCGCGGAACGAUCCAAGUUUGCAGCAUCCCCAUGGGCCUCAAGGGACAGCCCACCCGCCAAAUCCUUGCAUGGCAAAUGAUUUCAGUAUACUGAACAGCAUGUGGUUCUCAUUGGGAGCGUUCAUGCAGCAGGGUUGUGACAUUUCACCAAGGUCCAUGUCUGGUCGCAUUGUCGGCAGCGUUUGGUGGUUUUUUACCCUCAUACUGAUAUCCUCGUACACGGCGAACUUGGCUGCUUUUCUCACGGUCGAGCGAAUGGUCACUCCGAUUAAUUCGGCGGAGGAUCUUGCGGCUCAAACUGACGUUUUGUACGGGACCAUGCGUCACGGAUCAACGUGGGAGUUUUUCCAAAAAUCACAGAUAAGCUUGUACAACAAAAUGUGGGAAUUCAUGAACUCGAGGCAACACGUUUUCGUUAAUACUUACGACGAAGGCAUCAAAAGAGUCAGAGCCAGCAAAGGAAAAUAUGCUCUUCUUAUCGAAAGUCCGAAAAACGAUUACAUCAAUGCGAGGGAACCGUGCGACACGAUGAAAGUCGGCAGAGACUUGGACGCCAAAGGAUUUGGCGUCGCGACUCCCAUCGGAUCUCCACUCAGGGACAAAAUCAAUUUGGCUGUACUAUCGCUAAAGGAGACAGGGGAAUUGGCGAAUUUGGUUAAUCGCUGGUGGUACGACAGAGCCGAGUGCAGACUCGGUGACAAGCAGGACGCGUCGAGGAACGAGCUCUCACUGAGUAAUGUAGCUGGGAUUUUCUAUAUACUGAUAGGAGGGCUGUUGCUUGCCCUCGCUGUGGCUUUGCUGGAGUUUUGCUACAAAUCGCACACCGAAGCCACCAGAGCGAAGAUACCAUUGUCCGAUGCGAUGAAGGCGAAAGCACGAUUGACGAUUGGUGGUAGCCGAGAUUACGACAACGGCCGGGUAAGUGACCCGGACAAACGUCAGUGGUACGGACUGCAGAGUUAGACGGAGGAUGCAUGCGCCUUUUCCGGGACCAUAUUAUUACGCUCCGGCGAACGCGAUUGGCAAUGCCGAGGGCGACCAAGUCCACAGCAAUACUCACACACAAGUGUAAAUCCGUGGCUGUGGGCCGGUCAGGACGAGACGCCAGGGGCAUCGCCAUCAUUCUCGUUACCGACGCCACCGCCGCCACCGAAGUCGGCACCGCCUCCACCGCCGCCGAGGCCGCCGCGUCGUAGCGUUACUUUUGCCGAUUCCCCGUUGAAAACGCCCCCUCGACAUCAGCAACAGAGAAGGCGUUCGUCCUCGACAAUCGCGACUCUCGACGUAGCCGUACCUUGGUCGCCACCGACUCCCGGACAUUGGCCAGAACGUACAAAAGCCGAGUACAUCACGUAACGUCAAGAGCUCGACGUUAUUACGUCGAGCCUUGCAUCUAUACCGGAAGUCAACGACGAGGAGCCGGACGAGCAGGAAGUUGUGGAUGAGGACGAAGAAGAGAUAAUUUGGGAGCCUCUUAAUCCACGCGACACUGCCCUCGAUACGUCUAUUUUCGUAUAGAAUAAUCGAGUGUCCGAUCCUCCUGUGUGUGUGUGUGUCCGACUUCGAGUGAGAAGCCAUAAUAAUUAUGAACAUUCCACUCAAUGCGCGCUUACGGUGGCGUCGAGGGUAUCGCAACACCAGGAAAAUCGUAUCCGUGCAGCUUUCACAAUAUUCCAACAAACGAGUCGAUCCCAUCCAGUUGUUUAUCGAUAUUUUUCAUGUUAUUUCAUAGACCUUUCAAGCGGACGGUUUUCAAUCACGGUUUUUCGUGACACUUCGUACGAGAUCGUAGCGAAUGAUCAUAUCACGAGAAGAAUAAUUGUACAGAACGGAGGCGUCCGAUUUGAAAUAUUAUACCAAAAUCAUUUCGUGAAAAAUCCCUCGAAUAAUAGAGUCAGAAACAGGUUUUUUUGGUCAAUCGAUAGGUGGAAAACGUUCCGUGAAAGCAGCACCGAGACGAGUGUCCAGGGGGCAGUAAAGGAGAGGAAAAGUGAAAUAAGUGUUUGUUUAUACGAUGUAAAUAGUUGUACUAAGAUCAAAUGAGAAUCAAAAGUAAUUUUGAACGAUAAUAAGAAGAGGGACGUCGACGAAGGUCCUGAGAUAAGGGUGCAUGCGCAACCAGCGAACUUCAGAUAACUCAACUGCCAAAAAACCAAAUAUAAUGUUACUCUGAGAAUUGUAAACUGAGAUAAAAAGUCGAUAAACAGCACGAAGAAUCGACGGAGAAGAAGGCGAGGAAAAUACUAUAGUAAAAAGGAGUAAAAAACCCAAAGAAAAGCAACGGAUCGCGUACCACUGAGACAGAGACUCUUAAAGUAAACGCGAAAAUUUAUGGUAUACUAAAUAUAAAUAUAUAUUGAAAUAUAUAUACGAUGAAGGUGCAUUUUUGGUGCAUAAGAGAAAGAGAGAGAGAGAGAGAGAGAGAGAGAGAGAGAUAAAGUGCAGUGAUUCAACGAGUCAUGAAUCUGCGCUCGUAAGAUCGUGUAGUUGUGAAAUGUAAUUUUGAAACUAUUAAAAAUGAAAAAAUACUAAUAAAUGUUAAGCGAGAAAGUAAGGUAUGAUUGAGUCGGAUCGAGAAACGUUGUUGAAUGAAAACUGAAUUGUAAUUUAUUGAUUUCAUUUGAACAACGCGACGCCAACUGAAAUCAAAAUCGCGAUGCCAGCUCUGAAAACAUGAGAAACAAUACGAUCGCGAUGCAAUUAUCAUCGUUUGACUAUAACAUUGCAAUGUGCUUCCUGAUUAAAUCGUCUCACUUAAUUGUAAGAUGGAUGAGUAAUUUGUGUCAAAAAGCAAAAACCGCUGUUCCACCCCUCAACUGCGUCGAGUGUUCGAAUUCGCUAUUUUCCUUUUCUACAACGUUGCAUUUGUAAAUUAUUAGUGGGCGAAUGGAUGAGCGUAUGGAGUGUUGAGACGAAACGAACCGUCAUUUUGAACUAGUCGAACAACUGCCAUCAUAAAGCGAAUCAACAAAAUGGCAAAUCGUUGUGCCAAAUUGUGAAUCAUGUGCCAUUCAAUCAUUUACAGAUACCCUCGUACAGAAAAGUACUCGAGAAUAAUGAUUCUCCGUCUUUUUCAAUAUUUUAAUACCGUUUUCCUUUUAAAUAGUCGUUACUGUUGCAUUAUUUGUGUCUUUACGUUGAACAAAUAACUCACAAAACUCGAAUCGAAAUUGAAGGAUCUCAGAGUUCCAGAAUUUGGAACACUAUCAAUAAAACACUAUCGUGAUCGAAAGACAAAAGAUUCGAUUUUUCUGAGUCGAAGAAAAACUAAAAAUAUUUGCCGAUGCUAAAAAACAAACGUACUUAUAAAUAAAUGUGUGUGGGUGUGCGUGUGUGCGAGAGAGAGAAUAGGUAUGUUCGGACGUGAGAAUAAUGAUUGUAUCAGAAAGUCGCGAAUCUCUUUCCAAAGAUAAAGAAAUAUAAAACAAAAAAAGAAACUGAAAACACACGACAAAAUGUAAGUAUUAAAACGACACACGAAAACAACAGCAGGAAAAUUUUGUACGCGGCGGUGUUAAAUACCGAUCUAUCAUAUCGUUAAAUUUUUUCUUAUAACGCGGUCAAUGAAGUAACAAAAUGAAUACUACUGAUAAAUACAAUAAAUAAGAAUCCAAUGAAUAACGAAGAAGCAAAAAAAAUAAUAACAAUAAGAAUAAUAAUUAAUUGAAAAAUCUAAAAAACCAAUAAAAUAAAACGUCGCAAUGAUCCAUUGAAUAUGGAUGCAUGUUGAGGUGGUUCGAAUAAAUAAUUUUACAAUUUCCACCUCUCCAUAUACUGUUUUAUACCUUAUCAUUAAAAUCUCGACGUUCCGUGUCCAUUGUUUCGUUUUUCUCGCCCAUGAAGUAUGUUUAAUAUUCACAGAUAAAGAUGGAAAUUGUCGGAAUUUAUGAUUUUAACCACCCCGGUGUGUGUGCAUAAUAUAUAUAUAUAUAAAGUCGUUGGCAAGGCGAGAUUACCCAUCCGCAGAUUAAUAUUACAUUGAUAACGAGAUGUUGAACCCAGUGUGAUUAAACUAUUACAAGCGUACACUUAAACACGUAAAGGAUUUAAAAACAGAAAAGACGGGAAGGGAGCGAGGAAGAAAAAUGAGUGAAAGGUCAAACAACUGGAGAGAGAGAGAGAGAGAGAGAGAGAGAGAGAGAGAGAGAGAAACGAUUUGAUUGACUUUCCAUCAAAUAUUUGCAUUGAAUUUUUAUCGGUGACACUUUCCCCUGCGCGGGUCUUAAAUAGGCUGGAAUAAAAAGUUUUAUUUUUCUUCUCGCAUGAAUUGACAUUGAAACAAGAAAACUCGUGAAUAACCAUGCCCGUUGUGGACUCGCACGGAGUAGUGCUCCUUUCAAUCAAACGAAGUUUUCUUCAAAACAGAACAAUAAAACUAGUCCAUUGAGCAUUCCGAAAUUGUGAUGAGGUUUGAGACUAAAACAAAUAUCGAAAGCCAUUUGAAAUAACUACCGAAUUUACAAAAAGCUUUAUUUACGAUUAUCGAUGUAUAUUGUUGGCAAAGAUUUCUGUCUAACCCAUCGAACGUCGGAGAAUGAAAUUUUUAUGUGCCGACCGAAGUUUCAAAUCGAAAUGUGAGGAAGACCAAUCAAAUUAUUGCUUCAAUCAAAAUGGUUUUUUAUCGGUAAGCAUCCUAAUGAGGAUCCAGUGAAAAGCAAACGGACGAGGAGCUACGAGAACGCGUGAAAAUCGUAUUAAAAAUGUGAAUCAUAAAUUUUAUAUGUAAAUUAUUGAGGCAAGCUUUCGAGCUCGAAAAAACACGAAUGAAAAGGACGAUUUUGAUUUUAUUUAUUUUCGAAAGGAUCGUUGAUUUUUCAAUCGAGUGAAUUCGCAGCUCGGAGUGAACUCUUAAAUAACAAAAUCCACCGAUCCUCCCCCCUUUUUCCUCAUCCUCUGUACGAUAUGUUAUUUCGCGAUUCCACAAAUACGAAGAAAAAAACGAACGACUAGGAUGUAAAAUUGUUGUAAAACCAAUCAAAUUUGCAUAAAAUAGACGAUCGUUUAUUUACAUUAAAGAGAACAAAUGAAAAACAAGAAACGAGAGGAAGAAGGAAAAAUAAAUAAAGAAAACAAACUGUGUACAUUGAUAUACCGUAUUAAUAAAUCAUCCGAACUUUAUAUAACGAUGGAA